GUGGUCCCAGGUGAAUGCUUUAUUUCGGUGUGUUCUGACUCCACCAGGAAUUUAGAACUGAAGAAGCCUUUAGGAAUAAAAGGACGUGUGCCCAUGAGGUCGUCACCACUGGUCCUGGUCCUCCUAAUCGGCGUCCAUGCUGUACUGAACAUGGGAGGCGGACUGGCCCAGAGCGCCCGGUUAGCCAGCCACAGAGCAGGACAGCAGCAGCAAACCACGUCGACGGCGUCGGGGGACCAGAAUGCCGAACAUCACAGGACCAGCCACCACAGAACCAAGAGGCCUCAUCGGGCGGCCUCACAUACACCCGAUCCCUCCGUCCCGGUCGUGGACCCCAAGUUGUUCUCCAAGAAACGGUACCGUUCUUCACCCCGGGUCGUGUUCAGUGAGGUACCGCCUUCGCAUGACGCUCUGGAGGGUGACGGCUACGACACGGACGAAGCGAGGGGGCUAAGAGUGAGACGGCGAGCGGGGGCGCACACCAUGCACAGAGGAGAGUACUCAGUAUGCGACAGCAUCAACACUUGGGUCGGGAACAUGACCCGAGCGACGGAUAUCGCCGGGAAUGAGGUGACCGUGCUGCCCAACGUCACAAUCAACAAUGUGGUAAAGAAGCAGUUCUUCUACGAGACCACAUGUCGAACGCCGACGCGCAGGGGUUCCGGGGCAGGAAAUGCGGGAAGAACGGGGGCACGAGGUGGCAAACAGGGUUCCAAAUCGGGAAACUCGGGCUGUCUCGGCAUCGACAGUCGCCACUGGAAUUCCUACUGUACAAACACACACAUAUUUGUAAGCGCUCUGACUAUCUUCAAGGAACGGACAGCGUGGCGUUUCAUUCGCAUCAACGCCGCAUGCGUGUGCGUGCUCAGCAGGAAGUCCUGGGCAGGACGACUGGGACACUGACGGGAAGACCGCCCCAAAUAUGCCUCCCCCAAAUAUGAACCAAUCACUCACAUUUCUCGGCCACUGCAGCUUUAUUGCCAAUACUGUAAGCCUUGUUCUCAGCCGCCGCACAAACACUGACUUUGUCCACACACACACACACACACACACACACAUAGGUUCAUGGUUCCAGUCCCGAUACCGCCCCCUCACCCUACCUCAGUCCAAGACGUCCUGGUUGUUUUAAGUUAAAAGAACUGCAUGUUAUAUUUAUGGUUUAUACAGUCAAAUAUGAAAAUAUACAUUAUGUGUAUUUUAUUGUUGUUAA